AUGAAAUUGUGGGUCGGGAUUGUGUUCUUGGUUGUGUCCGCACAACUGGGAAUCAAUGCUCGGCCCAUUCCAAGAUUAAGACCACUAAUGAGUGAUGGUAGGUAAACAUUCUUGUCCGUUCCUGAAUUAUGUCCUAGUUAAUCGUUGAACCGAGAAUGCCGUCUUGUCGCAUCACUGGCCAACAGAUAACUGAAGUUCUCUUAAUCAAAUUUAGAAUCUGUUUCGAUUGAGUGAUUACAAUGUAACCUAACUUAUAACAACAAGAAAGUAAUUAGCACAGAGCUGCCAGACGUAACCUACUUCAAAGCGACGAUUGUUGAGAAACGCCUGUGCGCGUCAGUAAUUGCAUAAAAAAAUGGGACUAAGGAGUUUUUACCGAGUUUUAAGUAGUUAGGUGCCAGCUUUCGUCGUUUGAUCUGGAGUGAAACCGUGGAACAGAAGUGUUCAAAGGAUAUGUUGUGUACCCGCGUUAGUUGAAUGUCUGCAACCAUAAACCCUGAAUGAAAUUUCAGGCACCUAAAGUUUUCAAAAACUUCGCUUUUUCUUUGACGAGUCUGUACUUUCACUACUUUCUGUCCUACAUUUUCACGGUUUCCCUGAGUGAGCCCGCGAAAGUCCGUGACGCGUGCAAGCGUAUUUCAGCUCCACCUUUCUAAGUUGUACAGUUCGUGAUCCAUUUAGGUCAUGCGCGCGAAUUUUUUAGUUUUAGGAGCAUUGAGCAAAUUAAACUUAAGCUAAGGAAAAGUCAGUUCUCAACGAUAAUUUAUCAAAAAUUCAAAGAGUAAAGAUGAAGCUCUUGAUUCUGAAAAUAACCAUUCCGAAACGGAAGUUUUACACCAGAAUGACUCUAAUAUUAAUGACUCCUUUAGUACUAAUGGUAAAACUAGGGUAAUUUUGCGAAAAUUUUUACUGGCGAUUAGGUUGCGACUCAUGGAGGAAUUUUAAUAUAAAAAUUGAUACUUAUGAAUCUUUUUGUGUUAAAGGAGAGCUAGUGCACCAUGAAGAAGUCGUCAGGAGAGACAAUGAUGAUGAUGAAGCUAUCGAUAUUGAAGGUAACCCCAUGAAACGCGUCAUGAAGAUUCACAGCGCAAUUAAGGUGAUGCUAAUGACUCUGUUUUUGCCAAAGGUGAGUUAGAUGACGAUGAAGGAGCCGAGUGGAGAGACAACAACAAUAAGGACUUUAUCGAUAGUGACGGUGAGCCUUACGAAACUUAUCAUGGAUAUUUACAACGAAAUUAAGAUAAUACUAAGACUCUCUUUGUCCUAAAGGCGGGCUUGAAAACGAUGAAGAGGUCAAAUGGGGAGACAGUGAUGACAAUGACUUUAUCGAUGAUAAAGAUAAGCCCCAUGAAGUGUAUUAUGGAGAUUCACAGUGGAAUUGA